UCUAAUUCCAAUAUACUGGUGUGUUACAAUACUGCCCCAUUUGGCGGGCCUUGGUCCUCAUUUGGUUGCCGGUGUGUCUCCCCGUCAUCUGACAAGGCCACACAUAUCCACAAGUGAACUUCUGAAGCUUGCCUUAGGCGGGGCCCGCAUCCCGAAAGAGACUGAUUUUCCCGCGACAACUCUUGUCAGGACUGAAGCAUUCCAUUGAUUCGGCAUUUCGUACACAUAUAUAAGUGGGUUAGCACUCAUGGUUCCUCUAUCACCCACCAUCUAGCAUCCUCUGUGAAAGCAAUGGCCACUGCCUCAGCAACCUUCUCUACGAACCCUAGCCAGGCAGACCCGUAUAAAUAUCAGGUCGGCUUCGGCAAUCGCUUUGCCAGUGAAGCUAUCCCAGGAACCCUCCCACAUGCACAGAACCAUCCUCAGAAAUGCAAAUAUGAGCUGUAUAACGAAGGCUUGACCGGUAACCCCUUCGUAGGCACUCGGCCGAAUAUUCUGAAUGCAUUCCUUUACCGCAUCCGCCCAUCUGUCGCACACCAAGGAUUCACCUCACUGCCUUCAAACCCCGAUCUGGAAUCAAACUUUCUCCCAAUCAACCCCCGUGUACACGUAAGCCCUACACAGCUCGCAUGGCGCCCUCUCGACAUCCCGCCCAACUCCACCGAGGUGGAUUUCAUCGACGGUAUAAAGACUAUGGCGGGGAACGGCGACCCUACACUGCACGAAGGCUUAGCCGUGCAUAUAUAUGUUGCAAACGCAUCCAUGCAGAAAAGGGCGUUUUGUAAUAACGAUGGUGACAUACUGAUGAUGCCCCAACAAGGGCGCCUGGAUAUACAAACCGAGUUCGGGAAGUUGAUGGUCAGGCCUGGCGAGCUUGUGGUAAUUCAACGGGGAAUAAAGUUCAAAGUAUUGCUCCCCGAUGGACCCUCCCGCGGAUAUAUUGAAGAAAUUUACGGUUCUCACUAUGAGCUUCCCGACCUGGGUCCGGUCGGAGGCCAUGGUCUAGCCAAUCCUCGCGACUUCGAAUUCCCAGUAGCAAGUUUCGACCUCGACCAGUCCCCGUGGAAAAUCACCUACAAAGUCGGGGGUAAAUUAUUCUCCUGCUCCCAGCAACACACCCCAUUUGACGUUGUCGCGUGGCAUGGAAAUUACGUACCGUACAAAUACAAUAUGGAGAAGUUUAUCUUCGUCGGAAGCAUCUCCAAAGACCACAUCGACCCUUCCAUCUUCAUUAUACUCACCGCCAAGUCCAAGUGUCCUGGAGUUCCACUCACGGAUGUGCUGCUCUUCUAUGAACGGUGGGAUGUCGCUUCAGGCACCUUCCGGCCUCCAUAUUACCACCGUAACAACGCUUCGGAGGUCAUGGGUCUGAUCUAUGGUAGUUAUGAAGGACGAAGUGAUGAGUUCAUGCCUGGAAGUCUGAGUCACGAGACGGUGUUUUGUCCGCAUGGAGUGUCCUAUGAGACGCAAAAGGCUGCAAGUGAAGGCGAACUCAAGCCGGUCAAGAUUCACGAAGGGACUAUGGCUGUUAUGUUCGAGACUGCGAUGACGCUGACGCUCACAGAUUACGCUGUGUACCGUUCUGGUAAAAUUCAUGAGCACGACGUGAAGAUGUGGGAUGGGCUGCAGGCGAGAUUCAUGAACCACCUUGACGAAAUCAAUACGGAUCUGAAAGCAGCGGGAUUACCAGAACUGGAGAAGUGAGUGCGUGGUUUGGUAUGUGUGAUAGUACAAAUGUAACAGUAUUGGGGACAUCAUGGUCAUGA